AUGGAAUAUUAGUGAUUCCCGCAGUUGCAGAUCAUCCAUUAAAGCUUAAUACAAAGAAAGGGUAUUCUACUGAGUUUCAUAGUAGAGCAUGCGUGCUAUCAAGUAUUGCAAGUAUGUCUGGUUGUUGUCAGGUUGCCAUUCCAUUAGGAAAGCAUGAUCAGCAUCCAAUCUCUAUUUCAUUUAUCUCGUACCAUGGAGCUGAUAAAUUUCUUCUGGAUACGGUCUUGGAUAUGUACGAUUCCCUUCAAGAGCAAGCCAACAUUGCAUCUAAUUCAGUGCCUUUGCCAGACACGAAUGGUAACAUGGAUGCUUCUGAGUUCUUGAAAGAAAAGGGAAAUGCCGCAUUCAAGGGAAGGCAGUGGAAUAAGGCUGUGAGUUACUACAGUGAAGCUAUUAAAAUCAAUGGGACAAAUGCAACUUACUAUUGCAACCGGGCGGCAGCUUACUUAGAACUAGGAUGCUUUCAACAAGCAGAAGAAGACUGCAGCAAGGCAAUAUCACUUGAUAAGAAGGUGAGAGGACAUGUCUGUAAUGUUAAUUGCGCUAGAUAA